CUGAAUCCUCCACCAAAUCACCGCCCUCAUACACCUUAAUCUGCGAAACCGCUAUCCCCUUCGCGUAAUCCUACCCAGACAUCCCUACUGUCUUGCUAUUGAAUAUGGAGAAGCACCCUGAGACAGUCGCAGAAACGGACCGUGACGACGAACAUAUGGAGCUAGAAGGAGAGAUAGAAAUACACGAGCCCGGAGAGAAUGUGACCGAAAUUAUGUUUUGUGGAUAUGCCUUCCACAUCAAACACGGGGUGCCCCGGGAGCACCGAGAGGAGCUAUGGGAAUUGUGGGCCACAGAAAAUAUUACAUACGAGGAUAUUCCCGAGCACUUGAAAGUCUACGAGUUUACCCCGGAGGAAUAUGAUGGGUUGGAGAGAGAGGAGAAGGAUUUCAGGCGUGGUGGGUUUGUGGCCACUGGGCACAAGAACGAGGACAAGGACGAAGACAAGGACGAGGACAUGGAAGAGGGUAGCUUGCCAGGAAAGCCUUGAGGUGAUAUUGACAAGGUAUUGUGUUGACCAGACCGUGUUUUAAGUUACUGGUGUCAUUGCUCACA